GUUCAAGUUCGCGGGAACGUGACGUCCGCACUUGAACUUGCAGCUCGGGGGCUUGGAGAGGGGAGGAGGUGAAGGAGGUAGGACGAGGGCGGAGGAGGGGGUCUUCUCUCACUGAAACCCCCCAUCAUCAUCAUCACCAUCAUCAUCACCAACCAGUCUCUCCGUGCGCAAAAAGUCAUGAGGAUCUCCUCCACGCAGCCCGCCGCGCGCUACUCCGCCUCGGCCGUGUUCGGUGCGUGAUAGAGCCGCCGCCGCUUCGUGUUCCUGCCGCCGGACCCCGCCGGACGCGUCCAUGAGGAGCUUUUCACUUGGAGUCUACCUGGAUUUCCCGAUGUGAUAUCCGCCGAGAAGCCGCCCUUUGAUCCAACAUGUCUCGCCGCAAGCAAGGCAAACCGCAGCACUUGAGCAAACGGGACUUUUCGCCUGAGCCACUAUUAGGCGUGGUUCCAGAAGACAACUGCCAGGACUCCCCCAGACUGGGAGUUGCUCAGGGCGAGCCCCUAAAAGGGGACCAGGACCUGCUGACCUGUGGCCAGUGCCAGUCCCACUUCCCCUUGGCUGACAUCCUGCUGUUCAUUGAACACAAACGGAGGCAGUGCCAUGGGAGCCUUUGCAUGGACAAACCUCUCGACAGACCGCCGUCCUCGCCGCUCUCCUCGCCCCUCUCCACGUCAUCCACGCACUCAAGAACCCACUACCCGCGAAGGGUGUGUCACCCUGUCGAGGUGGCCGUUCAGGUCUCGCCGCAGGACGAGGAUUGUUUAUCUGCACCCUUGCAAGGAAUAAUCCCCAAGCAGGAGAAUAUCACAGAUAAAGACGAGCCCAGCAGCUACACCUGUACCACAUGUAAGCAGCCAUUCACCAGCGCCUGGUUCCUUCUCCAGCAUGCCCAAAACACCCACGGUUUCCGCAUCUACCUGGAGAGUGAACCGGGAAGCCCGCUCACCCCUCGUGUAGGUGCUGCUCCCGGGAUGGGGGGUGACUGUGCUUCGUCCCAGCCUCCACUUCAUGCUGUCCACCUGGCUGAUGGCAGUCCCUACAGCCUGCUGCGAAUGCCGGGGUCUGGAUCAGGACGGGAUUCAGUAUCCACUCCACGGGAGGGUCGUUAUCCUCGGACACCGCCCCUUUUCAGUCCACCUCCGCGUCAUCACCUGAGCCCAGAUGACCUGGCCUUGGCAACCCACCAUCCAAGCGCUUUCGACAGGGUGAUGAGGCUCAACUCAGUACCACUUGAACCUCCUCCAAGCAUGGACUUCUCCAGAAGGCUCCGUGAACUGGCUGGAAACGCCACAGGAGCUUCGCCGCCUCUGUCCCCCAACAGGCCAAACCCUAUGCAAAGGCUUCUUCAACCAUUCCAGCCAGGUUCUAAGCCUCCGUUCUCGGCAACUCCACCCCUCUCCACUUCUCAGUCGCCUUCUGGCUUGAGGUCGACCCCGAAUCCAACAUCCAACGCAGUUCAACCGAGCACGCCACUAAAGGCAAAGUCUUGUGAGUUCUGUGGAAAGACUUUCAAGUUCCAGAGUAACCUGAUUGUUCACAGACGUAGCCACACGGGGGAAAAGCCAUUCAAGUGUCACCUGUGUAACCAUGCAUGCACCCAGGCAAGCAAACUUAAACGACACAUGAAAACACACUGUCAGAGUAAGUCUUUGGUGCUCAGUACCAAGUCUGAAGACGGCCUCUCGACAGCCAGUUCUCCCGAGCCUGGUACCAGUGAACUGAUGGGCAGCGCCACAGAUGCCCUUAAGUCGGUGGUGGCCAAGUUCAAGAGCGAGAACAAUGGUCUGAUGACUGAAAAUGGAGAGGAGGAAGAAGAGGAGGAGGAGGAAGAGGAGGAAGAAGAAGAAGAGGAGGAGGAGGAAGAAGAGGAAGAGGGAGAGGAGGAGGAAAUAGAUGCUAAGCCUGUGGUCGGAGAUGUUGAGGAGGACAGGAAUAACUAUCGCUUCAGCUUGAGGUUAGAAGGUGCCCGCCACCACCAGAACAGUGUGGCUCUGCACCCGCGCCAUCGGAGCAUAUCGCAGGAGCCCGGUGAUGAUGACUCAGCAAUGGAGUCAGACCGAGCAGACGAUGGAACCACAACGACUUUAAACGGUCUUGGACCUUUAUCUACUGACAGCCUUUCCAGGAAGCUGCUGCGUGGUGGCAUAAGCCCCGGCUCCCUCAGUCCUGUCUCCAAACGCAUUAAGGUGGAAAAGGAUCUAGACCCUCCCACUCCAACCAUCGCAAACUCAGAAAACGUCUACUCCCAGUGGCUAGCAGGCUAUGCUGCCUCACGACAACUCAAGGACCCCUUUCUCAACUUUACCGGCGGGGACUCCAGACAAUCGCCCUUCGCCUCCUCAUCCGAGCACUCGUCAGAGAACGGCAGCUUGCGCUUCUCUACUCCGCCCGGUGAGCUGGACGGGGAACGCGCCGCUUCGGGGCGCAGCGGCACCGGCAGCGGGGCCAGCACGCCACACGGCGGAAGCGGCAACGGCAGACCUUGCUCCAAGGACGGCCGGCGCAGCGACACCUGCGAGUAUUGCGGCAAGGUUUUUAAGAACUGCAGCAACUUGACAGUGCACCGACGCAGUCACACGGGAGAGCGGCCCUACAAGUGUGAGCUGUGCAGCUACGCCUGCGCCCAGAGCUCAAAGCUCACGCGCCACAUGAAGACCCACGGACAGAUGGGCAAGGACGUUUACAAAUGUGAAAUUUGCCACAUGCCUUUCAGCGUCUACAGUACUCUGGAGAAACACAUGAAGAAGUGGCACAGUGACCGCCCUCUGUCUAACGACAUAAAGACGGAGUAGAGCAACAUGCCGGACGUUCUCUCAGUCAGCUUCUCGGCUACGUAGGGGGAUAGGAGUACAGGGUCACACAACCGUACGCAGUACAGCCCUGUUAUCGUUCCCGACCACUGGGGCAAUACUCAUGUAUCAAACACAAAACAUUUUCGAGCCUUUCUAUUGUGCAAUAAUUUACACAUUUUGUAAUUCUUUUGUAACUGGACGGCAUGCUUGGUGUGUUUUGGCUACUUUAGAGAAAAAUCAGUGGCUGGUCGAUUUGGUUUUACUCGUGUCGCUGUCGAUUCUUUGGAUUUAGCCAACAUGUUUGAACUCACGCUGCAUACUCUGCAUAUUGUUUUACAUAUCAUGUACAGUUUUUGUUGCCAACCGUGUCACGUUGUUCAAACAUCAAGACAAGCAGGGUCACAUUUGAAACUGAUCUUUGUGAAUACAAGAUUGACGUAAAAUACCUAUAUGUACAUAAAUAUAUAUACAAGGGUCGGGCUGCCUAUGGAAUGCUGGGCACAAGCACCAUGACCUAUUUCUUUUACAAGCAACACAAUGAAUAAUAUGGUGUAAAAUGACAACAAAGAGUGCCUUGGAUAUUUUACCUGCAUUAGUUAAUCCUCCUUUUGCUGUAAGCUCGGAGUUUCAGAUGUAGACAAUUACAGGACAUUUUUGUGCACAUGCGGAAUGGACAGGUCCUUGCAUCAAGCACCUGUGCGACCCUGUCGUGUCGUGACUUAGGAACCAGCUGAGAUGAAAGUUAUCUCUGGUAAAUCAUUAAUCUGCCUGACUCAUGUAUAUUUUCAUUCUUCAGAUUAUGGUUUUGUUUACUGGCAUGUUACAUGCUCAAGAGUUUGGUUUUGUGUUUAUGUUUCCCGGUACUUGCGUAUCAUACUGAGAGGGUACUCUGAGGAGUUGUUUUAACCAACGUGAAGCUCUUAAUUUCCCAGAGUGUUUAUUUUCUUUUAAAAUGAAAUUUUGCUGUUUUUUUUCUUGUUUUUUUUGUAAGUAGCACAGUUUUUUCGGUGUCAUACAGGCAGUCGGUGUAGCCAACAGUAACUUGAAGACCACGCAGUGGAUUUGAGUGUUUUUCACCAGGUUUUUCCGAGAAUGGGAGAUGCUUUGGUUUCAGGGUGACGGGUGGGAAGCGGGUGUCUCGACAAUUCAAAUGUCCUUUUAGAUUUGACAUUUGCAAGGCUUAUAGUGGAGUUUCCAAAUCCCAAAAGCUAAAUUUGUUCAUACCCAUACUUGCCAACCCUCCCGAUUUUUCCGGGAGACUCCUGAAUUUCAGUGCCCCUCCCGGGGUACUGAAUUUUUCCCGAUUUUCACCCGGACAACAAUAUUUGGGGCGUGCCUUAAAGGGACUGCCUUUAGCGUCCUCUACAACCUGUCGUCACGUCCGUUUUUCGUCCAUACAAACAGCGCCUCGGCUCAGUCACAUAUGCAGCUUUUACACACACACACACACACACACAUUAGUGAAUGCAGCUCAUACUUGGUCAACAGCCAUACAGGUCACACUGAGGGUGGCCGUAUAAUCAACUUUAACACUGCUACAAAUAUGCGCCACACUGUGAACCCACACAAAACAAGAAUGACAAACACAUUUUGGGAAAACAUCCGCACCGUAACACAACAUAAACAAAACAGAACAAAUACCCAGAAUCCCUUGAAGCACUAACUCUUCCGGCACGCUAUAAUAUACACCCCCGCAACCACCAUACUUGCCAACCUUGAGACCUCCGAUUUCGGGAGGUGGGGGGU